CGCUCCCCUCGGCGCUGAUAGGCGGAGCGCGGCUCGUGCAUAUUCAGCGCGCUUUGUCCGCGUGACAGAGGGGGGCGGAGCCAGCCAGGCGGCGCCGUGAUCCCUGCGUCCCCCGGAGCCGACCAGAAGCGCCGCGGAAGGAGCGGAGGCGGCUGGCAGGACGUUGCGAGCUGAACCGGGAUCCAGCCCAGUAGGCUAGCUAGCAGGAUGUCUUCUGAGGCAGCGGAGGGGAUGGACGAGCCCGAGAACCAUUCCUACGAGGGGGAGGCAGAGGAGGAGGAGGAGGAGGAAGAGGAGAAUGCCAGCCCCACAGACUUGUCUGAACUGCUGAAAGAAGGGACCAAGGAGGCCCAUGACCGUGCUGAGAAUACCCAAUUUGUCAAAGAUUUCCUGAAAGGACGCAUCAAGCGGGAGCUCUUCAAGCUGGGCACCGCAGCCCUGUACUUCACGUACUCCGCGCUGGAGGAAGAGAUGGAGCACAACAAGGACCUUCCGAGCUUUUCCCCUCUGUACUUCCCUUCGGAGCUCCACCGGAAGGAGGCCUUGGCGAGAGACCUGGAGUAUUUCUAUGGGGAAGGCUGGGAGGAGAAGAUCCAGUGCUCGGAGGCCACUCAGCGCUACGUGGAUCGCAUCCACCAUGUUGGGCGGCGUGAGCCGGAGCUUCUGGCAGCUCACGCUUACACCCGCUACAUGGGGGACCUUUCUGGGGGUCAGGUGCUGAAGAAGGUGGCCCAGCGAGCGCUGAAGCUGCCAAGCACAGGCGAGGGCAUCAACUUCUAUAUGUUUGAAAACAUUUCCAACCCCCAGCAGUUCAAGCAGUUCUACCGAGCCCGACUCAACGCUCUGGAUACGUCCAAGGAGACCAAGGAAAGGAUCGUCAAGGAGGCCAACAAGGCUUUUGAAUGUAACAUGCAGGUCUUUGAGGAACUGGACAAGAUUGGGGCUUUGUUACCAGAAGAAGCCCAAGAUGGCGGCCUUCCAGUGCAUGACGGGAAAGGAGAUAUGCGCAAGUGCCCGUACUAUACUGCAAAACUCGCUGGCUCCAAGGACUCUGCCUGCCCCUGCCACCUGGCCUUGGCCGCGCUGAAGCAACCAACCAUCCAGCUAGUCUUGGCGGCUUGUGUUGCAGUCACUGCCGGGAUCGUAGCCUGGUACAUGAUGUGAGGCCGGGCACCAGCUGCCUGUUGGCACCUGCUUGACAAAAUUGCUCCUUUUCUCCAUUGACAGAGGUGGACUUUUAAUGCCGGAUGUAAUUGAGGAACCAUUAAACCCAAAUCCACAGUGUACAAAUGCCUGCGUGUCCAAACACUUUGGGGCAGAAUUGAGCAGGAAGCCUUAGCUGUUGGCUCAGGGGGCAGGGCCUGGUUUGAGUUUUUCUCUUCCUCACUUUGUGGAGGCGGGUGCAGGGGGGGGGCAGGCAGGCAGCCCUCUUACCCAGGUGCAGAAUGCGCUAUUCUCUUUUAGUUGCAGGCAGGGUCCCUGACUUGUAUAUAUGGGAAGUGGCAAUGGUUUAAUUUUUGUGUAACUUAUAGAUUAUGGUGAUGCCUCUGACAUAAUAAAAUUGAUGCUUUGGUUUC